AUGUGUCGACGGGUGCGAUGCGAGACGUGUGAGAAACCGACGUGGGCGGGGUGCGGGAACCACAUCGAGGAGGCGCUCGCGGGGGUGCCGCGGGACGAGCGAUGCGCGUGCCCGCGCGGAUCCGUCUUCGGCGCGCUCCCGACGAAGAAGGCGGGGUGA